AUGUUGCUCGCUCGUUACUUCACCUUUAUUCCAUUCUUUUUGGCCGUCACUGUUCUGGCCCAGAGUCUCAACACCACUGGAACUAGCACCUCGCUCUCGACGACGACGACGCUGCGUGCAUCCACUACCAGCUCUGUCUCGCUCAACGGCACCUCUACUCGCCGCACCAACUCCACCAGCACGCGCGGUGGAAACGAGACGAGCACCACUGGCCCCGGCACCACACCCGUGUCCACCUCCACAGGUUCGGCCCCGUCCUCGUCGAAGAAGGGUGCCGCGAUGGUUCACGCUGCUAUUCCUCGCAUCUUCGGAGAUGAGCAUGGUAUCUUCAUGGGUAGUUUGAUGGGUUUCGUUGGCCUCCUUCUAGGACUUGUCCUCGUCUAA